CUCUCCACUUCAUCCCUUUUUCUCUAUUCUUUUUGCAUUCCCCUUUUUAUACUCUACCUUUUACAUAUAUUUAUAUGACCAAGAAAGCGCUUUUAAUCUCUUAAGCUCUUUUCAGCAUCAAAGCCAUGAAAGAUACAGUAGGCUCAGCUCAGCCAUGUCCAGUAUUCAAGUCAUUAUCCAACAAGGUUGGAAGUUUACUGUGCUUUUGGAAUGCGCCGAAGAAGUACAGGAGAUUGGAUACUAAGCUUGAAACAAAAAUGAUGGAGCUUAAGAGAAGUUCAUCAGGACAAAGCAAAUUCAGGUCAAUCAAUAGUAUAAUCUUGAAAUUUCCUCGGUUCAAAGAGGGGUUGAAGGAGAUAAAAGGCGUCUUUGAACAGUUUGAUGAAGAUUCAAAUGGGACUAUUGACCGGGAUGAACUAAAGAAAUGCGUAAAGAAGCUGCAAUUUCAUGUUAAAGAGGAGGAAAUUGAUGAUCUUUUCGACUCUUGUGAUGUGGAUGAAAAGGAAGGGAUUCAAUUCAAUGAGUUCAUUGUUCUUCUAUGUCUUCUUUAUCUCGUGAUGGAUUCAUCCUCCUCCUCCGAUAAUACCUCGAAGAAUGGCUCACCAGAGCUAGAAGCAACAUUCAACACAAUAGUUGAGGCAUUCUUGUUUCUUGAUAAAGGUGGUGAUGCGAAACUGCACAAGAAAGAUGUCAUCAAGGUGCUAAACGAUGAAUGUCCUUCCGAGAAAUCCCCUUCUCAUGUCACUCGGACUCGAUUUAAAGAAAUGGACUGGGACAGGAGUGGCAAUGUCUGCUUCAGGCAAUUUCUUUUGGCGUUUCUUGAUUGGGUUGGGAUAGACACAGACGAUGAGAAUCACACGACUAAAAGGUAGACUAAGUGCACAAGGCAAAUACAAAUCAACAACGCCUCAACCAAACUAGUAGGCAUCGGCUGUAUGAAUCUUCACUAACCAUGUCACUCCGUUGAGUGAAGUGAGCUCAGACUCAUAUUUGUACAUAUAAAGUAGCCUUUGGUAUACGUUCAAGUUCAGUUAUUGUUGCAUGUAAUCUGCUCAGAAUAUAUUCUUCUAUUGUAUCUCAAAGAAGUCAUGAUCAAAUUCACAAACAAACUGCAUAUCUGAUGUUUCUAUUCCCACAA